CCCAUGUUUUAUAAUUGAGCUUUCCGGCCACUUCAUCUCUGCACUCGUGUGUACUGUUUUCAUCGAGAAAUAAAAAACCCCAAUUGCAGAAUAUACAUAACUAAUCACCGAAGCUCUCUGAACUAUACGUACAAGCACAGACAUACACACAGCGAGGCUAGGGUUUUGGAUGAUAAGCUCUUCUAAUUUGACCUGUUCAUCACAAUGGGAGCAAGCAGAAAAUUACAGGGCGAGAUCGAUAGAGUUCUAAAGAAGGUUCAAGAAGGCGUCGAUGUUUUCGAUAGCAUUUGGAAUAAGGUUUACGAUACGGACAAUGCUAAUCAGAAGGAAAAGUUCGAGGCGGACUUGAAGAAGGAAAUUAAGAAACUGCAGAGGUACAGAGACCAGAUUAAGACAUGGAUUCAAUCGAGCGAAAUUAAGGAUAAGAAGGUUAGUGCCUCCUAUGAGCAGGCUCUGAUGGAUUCUCGAAAACUUAUUGAGCGUGAAAUGGAACGAUUUAAAAUUUGUGAGAAAGAAACAAAAACAAAAGCAUUCUCCAAGGAAGGUCUUGGUCAACAACCUAAAACAGAUCCAAAGGAGAAAGCUAAAUCGGAAACAAGGGACUGGUUGAACAAUGUGGUAUCGGAGCUGGAAUCUCAAAUUGAUAGCUUUGAAGCUGAGAUGGAGGGGCUGACCGUCAAGAAAGGGAAAACCAGGCCACCCAGAUUGACACAUUUGGAAGCUUCUAUAACUCGGCACAAGGCUCAUAUAAUGAAGUUAGAAUUGAUCCUGAGACUCUUGGAUAAUGAUGAGUUGAGUCCUGAGCAGGUCAAUGAUGUCAAGGAUUUCUUGGAUGACUACGUGGAACGUAAUCAGGAGGACUUUGAAGAGUUCAGCGAUGUGGAUGAACUCUACAGUUCGUUACCAUUAGAAAAGGUGGAGGCUCUUGAAGAUCUAGUGAAUAUAGGUCCUCCUGGCCUUGUGAAGGGUGUUGGUGCAACCAGUGCCAUUUUAAGUUUGAAAACCUCUUUGACGUCUUCUUCAGCUCCACCGCCGGCUGUGGUGAGUUCAGCAAACCAGCAGGGUUCUUCCGUCCAAGAGCAAGUUGAGGAAACAGCUUCUCAAGACAGUACAGAUAUAGCUCCAAAAACUCCAUCUUCUAAAAGUAAUAUCAUUGGUGCUUCCGCUCCAACAACACCAACAGGUAGCCAUGUGACUGGGACCCUGAAUACCAAUGCUCAUGUUUUACCUGGUGCAUCUACUGCUUCAACAAUACUUUUAGGUCCCAGUCCUGCUCGGGGAGUGUUGGAAGCUGCAGCUGUUGUAUCCUCAGCUCCAAUAAGUGUAUCUAUUCCGACCAAGGAAGAAGAGGUUGCCAGUUCUCCUGGUCGUAAAUCAUCCCCCGCUCUAUCUGAAUCUUUAAGGGGUGUUGGUAGAGGUAACCUGGCUAGCCCGUUAUCAAGUAGUAAUGCUUUAGGUUCCGGCAGUACAAUUCCCAGCAAUGGAGCCUUUGGGGCAUUAGCUCCUUCUGCCUCUGAAAUUACAAAAAGAAAUAUACUAAGCACCGAAGAGAAAUUUACUAGCACUGGGCCAGUGCAGCCUCUGGUAUCCCCUCUAGGUAAUAGAAUAAUGUUGCCGCAAGCUGCCAAAGCUAAUGAAAUGACUGACAGUGGAAAUGUCGGAGAGACUACAGGCAUGCCUGGUAGGGUCUUUUCUCCAUCUGUAGUUACUGGGAUGCAGUGGAGGCCUGGAAGUUCAUUUCAGAACCAAAAUGAAGCAGGACAAUUUCGUGGAAGAACCGAAAUUGCACCAGAUCAGAGGGAGAAGUUUUUACAGCGUUUCCAACAGGUACAACAAGGUCAAAGUACCAUGCUCGGCAUGCCUCCACUUUCUGGUGUAAAUCACAAGCAGUACUCAUCACAGCAACAGAAUCCUCUCAUGCAGCAGUUCAAUUCUCAGAGUUCAGCUACCUCUUCUCUAGUUGGGCUAGGAGUUGGAGUUCAAGCACCUGGUAUUAACACGGUUACAUCUGCCUCAUUGCAACCACAGUCAAAUUUGACUCUUCAACAACAGUCCAGUCAGCAUGCAUCAAUGUCGACUAGUCAUAAGGAUCCAGAAAUAGGUCAUGCAAAAGUUGAAGACUUGCAGCAUCAGCAGCAUUUAUCCGAUGAUUUAGCUGCUGAAUCUACCCCUAUUUUAGGCGUUGUCAAGAAUAAUAUGAAUGAGGAUGAAUCAAAAACUUCAUAUUCUUCAGAUAUGCCGGCCGGUGUAAGUGGAUCCUUAACGGAGACUGGACAAAUGCCAAGGGACAUUGAUUUGUCUCUUGGGCAACCUCUACAAUCCAACCAGUCAUCUGGCAGCCUUGGUGUUAUUGGGCGGAGAAGUGUUUCUGACCUUGGUGCCAUAGGUGAUACCCUUGGCGGACAAUCUCUGAAUUCUGCGGGGAUGCAUGAUCAGUUAUACAAUUUGCAGAUGCUUGAGUCUGCUUAUUACAAACUUCCUCAGCCAAAAGAUUCUGAACGUGCUAAGAGUUACAUUCCUAGGCACCCUGCUGUUACACCCUCCAGCUAUCCUCAAGUUCAGGCCCCUAUUGUUAACAAUCCUGCCUUUUGGGAAAGACUUGGAGCUGAUAAUUAUGGCACUGAUACCCUAUUUUUUGCCUUUUACUAUCAACAGAAUACUUAUCAGCAGUAUCUGGCUGCCAAAGAAUUGAAGAAGCAAUCGUGGAGAUUUCAUAAGAAGUACAAUACAUGGUUUCAACGUCACGAGGAGCCAAAAGUGGCCACUGAUGAUUAUGAGCAGGGCACAUACGUGUACUUUGAUUUCCAUAUCAGUGAUGAGUCACAACAUGGAUGGUGCCAAAGAAUCAAGACGGAGUUCAGAUUUGAGUAUAACUAUCUUGAAGACGAACUUAUCGUUUGAAAAGUAUAUAGUUCCUAGACAUUGAAGAUUGGAGUUGAAACUCUAGUUUACCAUGCAACCAUGCCUAGUUUUUUUUCCUUCUCGUCGGGACGGUUUUCAUUUGAACUGUUCUCAGCAUUUAACUCCAAUGAAAUUGUGUAAUUUUACAACUUAAUUCCAUCACAAAUUGCCGAA